AUGCCUCGCAUUUGGUUCAUCACUGGCUCCUCUCGUGGCCUCGGCCAUGCCAUUACCAAAGCUGCUCUCCAAGCCGGAGACUCUGUGAUUGCAACAGCCCGCAAGCCAGAACAACUCUCCGAGCUUGUCAUCGCGUGGGGCUCUGAACGUGUUCUCCCUGUUGCCCUGGAUGUCUCCGACAAUGACCAAGUCAUCGAAGCCGUCAAGACCGGCCACCAGAGAUUCGGCCGCAUCGACGUGGUCGUCAACAACGCUGGCUACGCCAAUACCGCAUCGCUGGAAGACAUCGAUAUCGACGACUUCCGCGCUCAAAUCAACACGAAUCUCCUUGGCGUCGUGUAUGUUACCAAGGCCACUCUGCCGAUCCUCCGCGAGCAGCAGUCCGGACAUAUCUUCCAGAUUUCCUCUGUGGGCGGCCGCGUCGGUAGCCCGGGUUUAACUGCGUACCAGAGUGCCAAGUGGGCAGUUGGCGGGUUCACCACGGCCUUGGCCUCGGAAGCUGGUCAUUUCGGCGUGCGUUUCACUGUUCUGGAACCCGGUGGUAUGCCUACGGAUUGGUCGGGGUCGUCUAUGAAGAUCCCUGAGAUCAGCGAACCUUACAAGGCUACAGUGGGUGCCUUUGUGGGCUUGAGAGAUCAGCUUUCUGCUGCUGGGCGGUCUCAGCCGUCAAAGGUCGCUCAAAUUAUUCUGAAACUGCUUGAGGAGAAGGAGCCUCCGCUUCGCUUGCUUGUAGGCCCUGAUGCAGUCGAGUAUGGUGGGAAGGCAGGUGAAGUUCUGGCCGAGUCGGAUAGGCAGUGGCGAGAUUUGAGCCUUUCCUCAGCCUAG